GGAGGCUCCGGGUGUCUGCAGAGGAGGUGGGGCGGAGGCAUGAGGCGGGCAGCUUGGCUCCAGUGAGCGCCCAGGAUGUGCAGGCCUGAAGCCGCGGGCAGGCUGACGGGGGAGGAAACGAGCCGCCUGUGAAACGGGGUGACGGCGGCGACCAGCCCGGGCGGGGACCGGGACUGGAAGAGGCACCCCAGCAGCCGGCUGGUCCGGCGGCUAGGCUAGGGCGGGGGUGGGGAGGGGCACGAGAAACGAACGGUCGGUUGAGCCUGCCGGGGCUGGAGGGGUGAGGAAGCCAGAGCUAGCAAAGGGAGGUUCGAAGGAAAGGGAAUUCUAAGUAGCCGGAAGUGGUGAGGAGCUGGAACAGGCGUUGGUGCGCGCAACAGAAGGAAUCAGGAGGAAAGAAGUGAAGUCUAAGUAGCUGAAAGGAUUGGGUGACCAGAAAGAAGGUUAGCGUAAGUGAAGGAAGAGUGAGGUGUGGCUGGAUCAGAGGGCCAAGAGAAGAGGGUCUGUGUAAGUGCAAGAGGAUCAACGAUAGUAGAAGUGGCCGGAGCUCUGGGCCCGGGGAGUGCCAAAAGUAGCCGGAAGGCAGCGGAGCGGAGUGCGGACCUGAGAGUGUUUGGAAUCUGCAAGACUUGGUGGCAAAAGAGGCUCAGGAUCUUGCCUCGGAGAGUGAGCGACGAGUCCGGGAUGUGGGAUCAGAGGCUGGUGAGAUUGGCCGUGUUGCAGCAGCUUCGGGCGGUCUAUGGCAUUAAGGUUAAGGGUGGCCGUGGGCACUGCGAUCGCAAGAGACAGGAAUCAGCAGCCGCGGAAACAGGGGGUAAAAUAUUUGGAGUACCUUUUAAUGCGUUACCUCAUUCUGUUGUACCAGAAUAUGGACCGAUUCCAAGCUUUCUUGUCGAUGCUUGCACAUCUUUACAAGAGCAUAUUCAUACAGAAGGGCUUUUUCGGAAGUCAGGAUCUGUAAUUCGUCUAAAAGCGCUUAAGAACAAACUGGAUCAUGGUGAAGGUUGCCUGUCGUCUGCACCGCCUUGUGAUAUCGCAGGACUUCUUAAGCAGUUUUUUAGGGAAUUGCCAAAGCCCAUUCUUCCAGCUGAUUUGCAUGAAGCACUUUUUAAAGCUCAACAGUUAGGAACAGAGGAGAAGACUAAAGCUACGUUGUUGCUCUCCUGUCUUAUGGGUGACCACACAGUUAAUGUAUUAAGAUACUUCUUUAACUUUCUCAGGCAUGUUGCUCUUAGGUCCAGUGAGAAUAAGAUGGACAGCAGCAAUCUUGCAGUAAUAUUUGCACCAAACCUUCUUCAGACAAGUGAAGGACAUGAAAAGAUGUCUUCUAACACAGAAAAGAAGCUGCGAUUACAGGCUGCAGUAGUACAGACUUUUAUUGAUUAUGCAUCAGAUAUUGGGCGUGUACCAGAUUUUAUCCUGGAAAAGAUACCUGCUAUGUUGGGUAUUGAUGGCCUCUGUGCUACCCCAUCUCUGGAAGGCUUUGAAGAAGGUGAAUAUGAAACUCCUGGUGAAUAUAAGCGAAAACGUAGACAAAGUGUAGGAGAUUUUGUUAGUGGAGCACUAAAUAAAUUUAAGUCUAACAGAACACCCUCUGUUACACCUCAACAGGAAAGAACUGCCCAGCUAUCUGUAUCACCAGUGAUUCUUACACCAAAUGCUAAACGUAAACUGCCAGUAGAUUCAUCUCAUGGUUUCUCAAGUAAGAAAAGGAAGUCCAUCAAGCACAAUUUUAACUUGGAGCUAUUGCCAAGUAAUCUCUUCAGUAGCAGUUCUACACCAGUAUCAGUUCACGUUGAUACAAUCUCAGAAGGGUCGUCUCAGAGUUCACACUCUCCUGUAGCCAUCAGUGGAAAUCAUUUGAUUGGUACAGGUAUACUAAGACGAAGUCAAAGGAUUGCAGCCAAAAAAGUUUGCAGGGUAGAAUCAGGAAAAGCAGGCUGCUUCUCUCCUAAAAUUAGUCGUAAAGAAAAGGUUCGAAGAUCUCUUCGUUUGAAAUUUAGUCUAGGGAAAAAUAGCAGAGAUGUAAAUGGGUGUUCUGGUGUCAAUAGAUGUGAAAAUGUUGGCCAGCGACUUGCAAAUCAACAAAGUUUAAAAAUCAGAAUUGAAUCUGUAAAAGCAGGUCUGCUUUUUAGUCCAGAUGUUGAUGAAAGGUUACCAAAGAAAGGUUCAAAAAAGAUCAGUCAGUCUGAGGAAAAUUUAUUAACUCCUGAGCGACUAGAUGGAAGAAAUUACCGGAUGUCUUGGACAGGACCUAGUAAUUCAAGUUUUCAAGAAAUAGAUGCAAAUGAAGCGUCUUUAAUAGUUGAAAAUCUUGAUGUAGAAAACUCUUCUUUGGAGCCUGAUAAUAUGGUUGAAAAGUCACCUGCUACUUCAUGUGAACUUACUCCCUCCAGUGUACCCUGUAAACAUAAUAGCAACAUAAUGGGAAGCUUCCUUAGUGGGAGUGAAAAUAACUUAACCACAGAGACUUUGGUGAAAAUUCAGAAAGCAUUUUCUGAAUCUGGACAUAAUCUUCAUGCAUUGAUAAAUCAUAGGCAAUCAUCAAUAACUAAUAUGGAGAAAGUAAAAUUAAAUGAAACAUCUUACAUAGAAUAUAACCCAGAGAAAAAUCUAUUUGAAACCACUGAUUUGACUAUAAUAGAAUCAAAGAGAAACUGUGACCACCACACUGGUGAAGAUGAACAUCGUAUUUCAGAAGGAGAGUUUUCAUCACAUCAAACUCAAAAAUUUGAUAGAGAAGCAGCUACAAAUUGUUACUCAACUCGGGUGAAGGUGGAACAUGAAAUAGACGUUUGUUUGAAUAUACCCAAAGAUUAUUUCAAUAAGCAUGAAUUCUCCAGUGACAGACAAGUAAAGAAACAGCCAUCUCCAAGGGACAAACUAAAUACUGAAUUAAAGGAGAAUGAGAGUAUGAUUGACGAGAACUCACCGAAAUGCAUAGCUUCUACAGAAGAGGAUGCUAAAUCCUUUUCCUCGCACCAGAGUACACAUAUUAUAACAAACUUGUCAAAACCUAGGCCAAUGAGAAUUGCUAAACAGCAGUCACUGGUGGAAACAUGUGAUAAAACUGUUCCUGAAAGUUUACAAAUGACAGAACAUGGGAAGGUUUCAGAUCACAUACAGUGGUUUAACAAGCUUUCCUUAAAUGAAUCAAAUAGAGCAAAAGUUAAGUCACCUCUUAAGUUCCAGCGUACUCCUGUCCGUCAGUCUGUCAGAAGAAUUAAUUCUUUAUUGGAGGGUAGCAGACAACCUAUAAGGCAGAAGUUGGUGAGUCAUGCUGAUGCUGCUUCUCCUCUGGUUAAAUCAGUAAGCUGUGACAGUGCUCUUCCCUCUUGUAUAGAAAAUACAUCAAGAGACUCCUUUGCUUUGUGUACCAAAUUAUGUCCUAAAGAACAGAAGUCUACAUCGUGUGAACAGUCAAAUGUUGAUGCAAUUUCAAAAUCAAGCAUCGAGUUAACAUCUAAAUUUUUCUUAAAGAGCAAGAGACACCCAAAUUCAUUGAAUGCUUCUCUUGGGUCUGCUCAAGUAUGUGAACAGGAAGUUAUAUCUGAUGGCCAAAUUAAGUUUCCCUUGGAUGACCUGACUAAUCAUGACAUAGCGAAAUCUGUUAGAAAUGAUAAUAUGGGCUUUUCUUCUGGGAUAAGUAAAAGGGUCCUUAGGAAACCAUCUGAAAGAGAAAGGGUCUGGUAUAAAGGUUCUCCAAAAAAUCCUAUUGGAAAAGCUCAACUACUACCAACAAGUAAACCUGUAGACUUGUAAUGGGUAAUACUUGUCAUUAAUGUAAAUAAAGUGAACAACUG